UAUGGUAGUCAGAUCAGUCAACGCGAUUUAUGCUACAUCAAACAUACGACAAUGAAGUGACGGUUUCCACGAGUAUCGUGUUUAUGAUGGGAUCACGUGCCUUUUUCGCGAUAGCUUGAAUAACAUUAUUCACGGAAGUUGGAACGGCAUUGCUGGAAAUGUUGCGUAGGUACUUCUAUCGCGAUUUUGUCACGAGGAAUGACGGUGAUGAUUACAACAAAGAAAAAAGUUAUGACAAAGAGGAAAAAUUGACGCAAGAGAAAGUUGAUUUAACCAGUACUUUGGAAAUACUAAGCAGAGAUCAAUUUUUGAACAUUGAACCUUCGGCUAUUGACGUGGAACAAGAUGCUGUAAAUGUCACCGAUGAAGAGAAUCGUGGCAAUGUAACAUUACCUGAACAAGAUAUAAUUAUACGUAGUCCCACAGUGGAGAGCCACCUGAUGAAGAGUAAUCUUUUACCAAAACAGAGGGUUAUUCCACGGAAGCACUUGAUGUGAAUCGCUCAAGUGAAGAUAAUAUUAUGCAGUCGUUAAAAGAUCGUGCAUCAGAUGCUGAUAAAACAGCUAGAGCAGGUAAAUGUCUCCAGCAAAAUUUAUUAUGUAUACUUUGAAAUU